GGCGGCGGCAGCGGCGGGGAGAGUGUGCACGUGGCCUAGCUCCCUGACUUAUAUCUGGCAGCGAGCGCACUGUCGACCAAACAUUUUUGCUGCCGAUCGUCGACACUCGCCGAGCGCUGCAACGCUACAGCCCGCUGCACGCCUGUGACUCGCUUCUUUGCUGCAGCUAUCCUCAUCAAAGAUGAUACAUUGUGGCCCUAUGCUGUCUUUCACUCGAUGUUUGAUUCGUAGAAAAAUUAUAUCCCAGAGUGGCCUUGAAGAUUCCAAGCUAUGCCGCUGUUUGACCACCAUAGACUUGAUAGCGCUGGGAGUUGGCAGCACUCUCGGCGCUGGGGUUUAUGUUCUUGCUGGUGAGGUUGCAAAAUGGGAUUCUGGGCCCAGCAUUAUCAUCUCCUUCCUAAUUGCAGCCUUGGCUUCAGUGAUGGCAGGUCUGUGUUAUGCAGAGUUUGGAGCUCGUGUUCCAAAGACUGGUUCUGCAUAUCUGUACAGUUACGUGACUGUUGGUGAACUCUGUGCAUUCAUCACAGGCUGGAAUUUAAUUCUUUCUUAUGUCAUUGGUACAUCAAGUGUUGCCAGGGCAUGGAGUGGUACCUUUGAUGAACUUCUUGGCAAACAGAUCGGAAUUUUUUUUGGCACCUACUUCAGGAUGAAUUCACCAGGAUUGGCAGAAUACCCUGACUUCUUUGCUGUGUGUCUGAUAUUACUAUUAGCAGGUCUUCUAUCAUUUGGUGUAAAGGAGUCUGCUUGGGUCACCAAAGUAUUUACAGCCAUCAACAUUGUGGUUCUUACAUUUGUUAUGAUUACGGGGUUUGUGAAAGGAGACCCGGAGAACUGGAAGAUCAGUGAAGAAGCUCUCAUAAAUUUCACAGUAAUCACAAGCAAUUUGUCAUCUGCGGAGAAUGUCACCAGCAUUUAUGGUGUGGGUGGUUUUACACCAUAUGGAUUAAAUGGAACAUUAGCUGGUGCUGCAACCUGCUUUUAUGCCUUUGUUGGGUUUGACUGCAUUGCUACCACAGGUGAAGAGGUGAAAAAUCCCCAAAAGGCUAUUCCCAUUGGAAUUGUGACUUCACUUUUGGUGUGCUUCCUGGCUUACUUUGGAGUUUCAGCUGCACUGACCCUCAUGAUGCCUUACUACCUGCUGGAUGCUAGAAGCCCACUUCCUGUGGCCUUUGAAUAUGUCGGCUGGGGCCCUGCAAAAUAUCUGGUUGCUGUGGGAUCUCUUUGCGCAUUGUCAACAAGUCUGCUUGGUUCCAUUUUCCCCAUGCCUCGCGUAAUCUAUGCUAUGGCUGAAGAUGGGUUGCUUUUCAAAGUUUUAGCCCGCAUCAAUUCUAAGACGAAGACUCCAGUUGUUGCCACAAUAUCGUCAGGUUUGGUUGCAGCUGUCAUGGCAUUUUUCUUUGAUCUUAAAGCCUUGGUGGAUAUGAUGUCCAUUGGGACACUCUUGGCGUACACUCUAGUAGCAGCAUGUGUACUUCUCCUCAGGUAUCAGCCAACUUCAUUCUACAAACAAAAUAAUUGUUCAGACGGAGAGAACCUUACAGCUGAGGAGGAUGGUGAAUUAGAUGGAAAUGCAUCAGAGUCCCAUUUGACUGUGCUCAAAGAACAAGAUCUCAGCUGUUCAUUGCUGCUGAAUCCCUCACUGGUUCCAACAGAACAGACAUCAGCAGUGGUAUAUGGAUGUGUGGGGUUUAUAACUGUCACCGUUUGUGCAUUGAGUGCACUGAUUACUUAUGGCAAUGAAGCAAUACUUUCUCUGGUUCCCUGGAGCAUUGGUCUUCUUGCAAUAUUCCUGCUCGUGUUCGGUGUCGCUGUUUUCAUCAUCACAAAGCAACCUCAAAGUCAGACCAGAGUGGUAUUCAUGGUGCCAUUCUUACCAUACCUGCCUGUUCUUAGCAUCUUUGUCAACGUUUACUUGAUGAUGCAAUUGAGUGGAGGAACCUGGAUCCGAUUCUCUAUUUGGAUGAUUUUUGGAUUUGCUAUCUAUUUUGGUUACGGCAUUAGACACAGCGUGGAAGGCCAGCAAGACAAUGAAUCGGUGCAGAGUGAAACUGAGAACACAAAAAAUAUAGAAGGAAUGGAUGACAAUGAUAUGCCAACUGAACUUGACCAAUUUAUUCAUCAUGAAAAGACAAGUGAAUGUUAGCUUUGGCAUGCGGUUUGCCUCCCCUGACAUAUUUGUGUUUUCAUGAGCAGUGAAGCUGUAUUGACUUUGGUCUCAGAAUUAUGUCAAAGUUCUGUACAGGGACAACCAAUGAUUUUUUUUUUUUAACAACAAAUAAUCUGAGCUUGCCCAUGCAGGAACUGAAGUGUGUUUGCUGAUUACCUGCAUGUACCUCGAUGCUCUUUUCAGUGUCACCAUGAUUGAUUUACACUCAUCAAAAUAACGUUGAAUGAAAAUCUAAGUAUUUUUUACCCAUAACAGAAAGAUCUUGGCGAUGAGACAAGACUAUUUAUUGGGACAUGAGCAAUGGUGUAAGAUUUUAAUUUCCAAUUUGUGAUACAUUCUUUUUCUAAAAAAUUAUAAAUUAGAAGAACAUCUUUUAAACACUUGGCAGUAUAAUGCAAAGGUUGUAUUACUGGCCUUAAAACAUAGGUAUGAGAAUAAUCCAGUUACAGGAUCAUACUAAACUUUUUGCAUUCAGUUCCUUUUAGAAAAGACUCUAUGUCGUAGCUAGGUUUAGAAACAAAUGGGAAGGAUGAGAGAAAAGAAAGUGUAGGGCAUAUUUUUUAUCCAUUUACUAAACUCAGGAAAAUGUUUGGUACUCUAUAACAUUCAAUCCUCCAAUAACUCAUUAACUGCAAAUCCUCUCGGGCCACAAUCUGAUAUUAGAUCUUUCUGGGACUAAAUGGUUUAUAAUUUAGAAAAAUGUAUCACGUAUAUCCGAAAAUGAGAACCAUACAUACCUCUAAACUAACAAAGCUAUACAAAUGAUGUUUACUGUGUAAAAGUGUUGACAAAUCCUUAAGGGAUGUUUCUAUCAAUUUUAUAAUGCUAUAUUUUUGUUUAAAAACACCUGAUUUUAGUUCACCAUAUAUGGAAAUGAAUAAAUACUGUGAAUUGCCAGCCUCCCAGCUCAUGUGGUGAUCAGUUAAAGUAAUUUCACCUUAAAACCAAGAAAUAAGAUUAAGAGUGGUCUGUCAUUCAGCCUUGUCCAAUUGUUUUAACAAUUCUGGCAUUACUAGUGGCAUGGAAUAAUAAUGUUUCAGGAAAAUUCAGCAAUUUUGUUUCCUGAUAUCUACUGUUACCACAAUUAUCAGUAAACCACCAGUGAUAGAGGGAUAUUUUUGCUGAGAGGUUUGAUGCUGAGAGGUUGAUCAUUUUUAAACAUUAUAUAUUAUUCAUCAAUCCAUCAAACGGCAGAUUCUUACAAUUGGUGGCUAAUGAAACAUGCAAGUAAUUUUCUACCUUUAACACAGAUAGUAAACUGCUGUUUGCUGCCAGUUAUAAUAUUUGAUUUUCAUUGGGUAUGUGUGGUGGAUGGUUGAUCCAUUAACAUGUUUUUGCAAAAUAAAAUGAAAAUACUCUUGACUUUUAUUGAGGUGUUACUGCCUAGAAAUCCAUCCCUGUCAAGAGUUCUAAAUAUCUAUGGAGCGAAGGUAAUAGGCAACGUUUCAGGUCGAAACCCUUCUUCAGACUCUUUUGGGUGCAGGAGGUAGCACCAAUGCAGUCAGCGGUGUAGCGAAGGUAGAGUUCGGGGAUAGGGCCACGGUACGCCUAGGACAAGGAUUGUUCGACGUACCCUACAAAGAGGCAGACAUAGCUAGGGCCCAUGAGCGUACCCAUAGCAACGCCUUGUAUUUGGAGGAAAUGGGUGGAGUCAAACGAAAAGUUAUUAAGGGUAAGGACCAGCUCCGCGAGGCGGAGGAGAGUAUCAGUAGACGGGGCUUGGUUGGUUCUGCGGACGAGGAAGAAACGGAGGGCUUUGAGACCCUCCUGGUGGAGGAUGGAGGUGUAGAGUGACUGGACAUCGACCCGAAAAAGUUGCCUAUUUCCUUCGCUCCAUAGGUGCUGCCUCACCUGCUGAGUUUCUCCAGCAUUUUUGUCUAUCUUCGAUUUUCCAGCAUCUGCAAUUCCUUCUUCAACAAGAGUUCUAAAUAUAUUGCGUUUUAUUCCACCUCUAUAAUCUAUACCACUGACUUCAAAGUGCAUUUGGUGGUGUUGAUGGAGUGUGAAUUUUUAGGCAACUGUCUUCCACAAUUACUAACUAACUUAACACAUUUUGUGAUACAUUUCAGGUGACCAUGAACUUCAGUAGAGUUUUUAAUAAAGAAACAUUUUUUUCUUGUGCUAAAGGAGGGUUCUGGUACAUUAGGGGAAAAAACUGCCAAUCCCAAAUAUAACGGUGACAAAAUAACUGGUGAAGAAUUUUUAAGAAUCCUGACUAAGUUAAAAUAUUUUAAAAAUUAGUCUCCACAUGUUUCACAAUAUGAUUAAACUGUUCUCAAUUGUAAUUAAUAUUGGUGAAAUUUGAAUCUGAAUCUGAAGUACUGUUUUCACUGCUCAUUAUGCUGAAACACAAAAUAUGCUGGGAAAGAAAUGCCUAAAUUCAUUUUAUUUUGCCAAAUUAAUCUUGACUAGUUUGCUUUAUUUUGAAAAAAUAAUGAAGCGUUAAAGAAACUGAAUUAUAAAUAAUUGUAAUGAAUUCACAAUGCUGUUUAAUUACUACGUAUAAUAGAGCAAUAUUUUUGUGUACUUUGAUGAAUUACAGUUCAUGGAGCCAUUUCAAGAAGAUAGAACUAAUUUAAACAAGACUUCACUAGGUGAAGGAUUUAGAUUAGACAAACACUGGCCAAAGUAUAUUUUAGUUGAUAAAGCAUUUAUAUGUUCAUUGUAUAUAUGAUGUAGAUUUAUUUCAAUUUAACUAUGCAGCUGAGAACAUGUUCCCUCGUGUAAAUGAGUGUGUGUUGGUGUAUCAAUGACUCUCCCUGUGGUGAGUUCCCAUUCUCAAUCACAUCAUCAGAAAAAGUGGAAGGGAAGGCCCAAGUUGGAUAAUAGGACAGUGUUAAACCUCCUUGUAAGGGCUAUGGGGAAUGCCUGUGAGACCUGCCAAUGAACAGUUUAGUCACCUGUUCUUUGACCUGGACCUAGUAAAUCACCUAGGGUAAGAACAUUAACAAGAUAUUUUAAAGUAUUUUAAGUAUAUCUUAUCUGAUUUCUUUAUUCAUUUAAAAGAUGCUGCCAUUGCUGGCAAGGCUGGUAUUUAUUUCCUAUUGUAUUUGCUUUUGAAAAGUUUGUUGUGAGCCAGCUUCGUGAAUUAGUGUAGUCCUAAUGGUGAGGUCCAUCAUUUAGACCCAACAACAGAGGAUCCAGCAAUAUAUUUCUAAAUCAGCAUUCAAAUAAACAGAUACAAAUUAUGAAAGCUUUGAUCUAGCAUUGUCCUGCAGACCAUGUUAACUAUGCAACUUCAGACCCCACGUCUCUGCGUAACUCUUCAAUGAAGGGUUUGUACAAUUCCCAAUGUAAAGCUAGCCGUGGCAGUUAAAGAUCAUCAAAUUUUAAGUGAUUGAAUUUUUUUUUUUGAUUUGUACUAAAAUUGCAUUUGAGCAGAUAUGCAAUUGCACAAAUAUUUUAAGCUAUUUUCAAAAAUCUUUACAUCAGAUCGUUGUAUUUUUAAAUAGAAAAAUAGUUUAUUUGUUCAGAGAUAUUAAUCAGUAUUUUAUAUAUUUUAAACUUUUGUUAUCCCCUCCGUUCUUAUCUCCAGAAUUGAGAGGGAGAGGUUUAUUGAUCAUUGAGAUUCCAGAAAGAGCAGGAACUCCCUCAAACCCUUUAUUUCUUCUUCGCGAAAUCCUCAAUUUUUUCACUUCUGUAAAGCUCCAUCUCCAAAGGAAAUCUACAAAAGUCUAUCCCUGUUGGGAGAAAAGACUUUUGAGGGCAAAAAUUCUGAACCAAGAUUUUAUUUUUUCUUCUUUUCUCACUGUAUGGAAAUCGUGGGUCAAAUCAUUCCACGUAAUUUAUGAUCUUGAUGAGUUUGAGCUUGACAAUCUCCCUCAUUGAGGGUGUUCCUGGGUGGACUGUUAUGAAGCGGGGAGGAGGGUAGGAUUCUGAGUAAAUAAGAUCCCUCUCCUAUUAAAGACCCUUGGAGUCUAUAUUUGAAGGUCAUUACCUGAAGGGAAUCAAAUUCUCCUGAGGGAUGGAAAAGGCACAUGUGGGAAAGUACUAAAAGUAGUUAAAUGACAUUUAAGAAAAUAGGAAAGGGUUUUGAAUUUUUUUGAAGACUUCAGAAUGUCCCAAAACAUAGAGCCAAAGAAAUAUUUAUGUUAGAAGAACUGGCAAGCAACUUAAUCAAGGAAAGAUCACAAGGAGAACAAAUCUGUUCUUUGUAGAGUGCCAUUGAAAGUAUUUCUCAUAGACAUCAUCCUUUAAAAUGCAUCCCCCACCUACCGCACCAAGAUGUCAGCCUAGAUAGUUGCUCAAGUUUCUGGAAUCAAUCCUUGCCUAUAAAUUUCAGAACUGCUGACAAAACAUUGAACUAAUUUUGCCACUUGCAAUUAUUAAUUAAGCAGAGGUUCCAUACUUCAUCACACACUGUGCUAUGUGAUAGCAGUGAAGGAAAAAGCAAUUGCUGUAAUUGGUUUCUGUAUCUCCGCUUCGAUAAGAAAUUUGAUCUAUAUAGAGUUUCUACAUGCAAUCAUUGUUUAACAACAUUUUCUAAAAAUAUGUGUUCUAAUAGCUGAAUGGAAUUCACAUAUAGUUCUCCUGUGAUCAAAUAGGUUUCCAAUACUGUGAAAUCUGAUAUUGUCUGCCUUAAUGUAGGGAAUUUCUGAAAAUAUUACAAGCAAAAUGCUGGGAGUAUAAAGUGGACAGCACUGAUCAAGAAAGAAAAAAACAGAACUUGUAGUGUGGGUUUUUUCCUGCCUUCUUAUCCCAGAAUCUGAUAAAAUUGCUAUUUCUAUAAAUAUUUGAAGAUGACUGACUGAGCUUAGGUUGCUGAGAGUGCCCAGUAAAUUCAGUGCCUUCAGCAUACAGGGAUUGUGAAUAGUCUUGCAAAAUUUAAAAUUUGCUGCCUAAUUUGGAAAGUUCUCUUUCAAAACUAGCUGAAUAUUUAAACUAUUUACAUUAUCCAUAGAGAUCCAUUAUCCGUUGAGAUAAUUUAUUUUGGUAAUUUAUACAACUUAGCUGUAAUGUUGACAAAAAUAAUAAAGUUACCUCCCUAAUAAAGAUAUUUAAAAAUAGGACAUCCAUGGUGGCAAUAAUGAAAAAAUAAUGUGCUUGAUCAAUGUACUUUAAAUAAAUUGUAUGCAUAUUCUUAUUCUACUCAACAAAUGUCUACUACUUUGUAAUAAAAUUAGUAUCCUGUAUUUCUAAUACAAUUACAG